CGAUGUACAACACUCGUACGUAAAAUGAAAUAGAUAUACAUUUGAAGUUUGGUGAAAGCGAGAUAGUGAGUUCUAGUGCGGUCCGUUGCAGCGGCGAAGUUUAGCAUGGAAACAGAUGAUGAACUGAAAAGGAAGAGUAAGCGAGGCUUUCUAGAUGCUUGGCUCAGCGACGAGCGUUUCAAAUUUUGGAUACGCCGAGUGCCCGAUGACAACAGUCUCUUCCAUUGUAUUGUAUGCAACAAGAAUUUUUCAUGUAGCUCGUUAUCGCAUAUCUCGAGGCACGCAGAAUCGGCACAUCACAAAGGAAACAUUGGGAAGGAUCCAUCCAAAAGGGACAAUGAAAACUCAAAGAAGAAGCUAUUUCGCAAAAAGGCGUUCAGGCAACAGUGGCUGGAGAUCGAGGAGUUCAGGCCAUGGCUGUGUGAGGUGCAGCAGAACUCAAACAUGUUUUUUUGUACCUUCUGUGACAAGGCCGUGUCUGGUGGUCUGUCACAAAUUUAUCGUCACGGGGAGUCCAAAAUACACAAAGACAACGCUGGGAAACACAUGAAGCCGAUCGAGCUGAACAAGGAGUUGGAUGUGCCGAUUGACGAAACGUAUCUGCGAUUCGAGGAGCGAAAAAAGUCGGCGGAGAUCCGUUACGCCGCUCUGAUCGCCGACAAGAAUAUCCCACACGAGACGGCGAAAGAGCUGCUUGAUUUCUUCAAGGACUUGGGUAAGGAUCCCAACGUGCUAAAGUGUAUGAGUAUGGGCCGCACAAAGUGCACGAACAUUAUCACGAACGUAUUGUGCCCAGUUGAGACGGAUUGUCUCGUGAAAAAUAUUAAUCAAAGCAAAAAUCCGCGAUUUUCGAUCUUUAUUGAUGAGACAUCAGACAUAUCGAAUGAAAAGAGACGGAUGUUUCAUUUCUUUGUGCGAUACGUCAAUCCUGAGACCUUUGACGUGCACUCGCAGUUGGUGAAGCUGAUCGACAUCGACAUGACUGAGUGCAACGCGGAGAAAUUGUUCAACGAAUUCAAGCAUGAGAUGUUGAAGCUUGGAAUACCCCUGUCAAACGUCGUUUCCCUGCUGUGCGACGACAACGCAUCCAUCAUCACCGGCAAGCACUUCAAGAAGAAAUUGGAAGAGAUGUGCGAGAACGUACUGAUACUAUCCUGUCCAUGCCAAUCAGUUGCCUUGAUCGCGCACGCCGCGUGUGCCAAGAUACCCCAAGUUUGCGAGGAGUUCCUAAAGAAAGUCGCCAAUUAUAUCAAGUCGAACGUCAAGCCAGGUCACAAGCGAUCGGCCACUUUUCGUGACUUCUGUGAAUGCUUUCAUGAGAAAAAUCACGCGAUCCUGAAGCUGUCCGAAACACGAUGGCUCUCACACUAUACAUGUGUCGAGAAACUCCUCAAAUUUUGGGACAGCAUAAAACACAUCUUGGAGGAGAUAAUCAUGAUUGAGAAGACGAGGAACGGCGAAAACUUAUUGUAUAUUAUGCAGAACGUGGAUAUAAAGGCAUACUUGUUGUUUCUAAAAUACGUUUUGUGUUUUUUUAACGAGUUCAACGCCUUCUUUAAUGUCGUGGAAACGAGAAUUCAUCUGCUACAAUCGAAGUCGUUGGCUCUUCUAACUGAAAUUUGUAAAAAGUUUUUAAAGCCAGAAAUUUUGAAAAAUCUGCCAAACAUAGUAUUUCAUAGAGCUGAAAAUUACAGAGUACUUGACGACAUUAUUUUAGGAAAGGAGUGCGAGGAAUAUCUUUGUCAAUUGAUGACCAACGGAUACAUAAACAUGAUUCCAAUCAUUCGGAAGAACUGUCUGCAAUUCUACGUGACGGUGGCCGAAGAAAUCUGCAAAAGACUACCGGUUAACAAUAUAUUUUUAAAGAAAUUGGAAGUUCUGCAACCGCAUUCAGCUUUAUUAAAUACAGAUAGAAAAGGAUUAUAUAAUGACCUUUCAUUCAUUGCCACAAUAAUUGGUAAUUACGACAGAAACGGUUUAAAGAAAGAAUGGUUCUCGCUGAACUCAGAUUUCACAAUAACAGAGAAGAAGAAUUUGUUGCAAUUGAAUUUCGACGACAUGUGGAAACAAAUCCUGCAAAGCCGAUAUCCAAAUAACGAGAUUAAGUAUCCACAUCUCACGAUUCUCUUAAAUUCCGUUAGAUCAAUGCCAAAUUCAAAUGCUGACCCAGAAAGGAUAUAUUCUUUUCUGUCGAAUGUUAAAACGAAGAAACGAAACAAGUUGUCAUCGGCUGCUGUAAACGCGAUCUGUGUGCUACAAUCGGCAUUGGAAACAAGAGGGGAAACUGUUUUGAGUAUGAAGAUUAACAAUGAUCACUUUGAUCUUAUGUCUUCAGACAAAUUGUAUACUAAUAUACAUAAAAAAAACAAUGGGCAAAAGCGUAAUCAUCAGUUACAUGUCGCAAAUGUUAAUAAUGGUAAUGCUAGUGAUAGUGAUAAUGAUAAUGAUAAUGAUAAUGAUAAUGAUAAUGAUAUUGCUGGUUCCUCUUCAAAUGACAAUACACAAUAACCCAAACAGCAUACAUGUCCAAGGCGAGACAUAAGACGUUUUAGACUAGUGGCAUGUAGAAAAACGCAAGUAGUAAGAUGUAAAUGGUAGAAUAAUAAAUAUUUUUUAAUUACUAUGGCUCAUGUUAUUGUCUUACUUGAGACUCAGGGUGUUUAUUACUGGAAAAAACGAGUCAUACGCUAUUUAGUUCAUAUUAUUUUUAAAAAAUACUUUCUCUUUAAUAUUUAAAGCUUAAGUAAUUUGUCUUUAUUAUUGUAUGUGUGUGCUAUAUAUAAUAAAGAAAACAUUAAAAUAUAUAAUAAAAUUUAUUUCAAAAAUCGAUGAAUGUAAAUCUUCAAAAUGUUUUGAAAUUCAUUUCAAAAAUUACAUUAAAGAGUUCUCUAAUCAUACUUGGAACUUUGAAUAAAAUUCCUAAAAAAACGGAAUUUCUUAGGAAAGUCUUUUUGGAUUUUAGUAAACAUCCCAUUCACUAUAAAUGAUUAAUUUUUUACUGUUUACGUCUUAUUGCUCAUAUUUUUCUAUAUGUCGCAAGCCUUAAGAUGUCAUAAGACUUUUGAGUAUCUAAAAAUGUUUCAAAAGAGCUGUUUUUGUCGCCGCACUAAACUGCAUUAAAACUUUCUAUCUCGCUUUCCUCAAACUUUAAAUAUAUAUUUAUUUUAUUUGAACUACAUAAAAAUGAUGGUCUUAAUCAUCCAUUGUAUGCGUAUUGGUGCAUGUUCGACAUUUGUUUUCUUUUUAUUUUAAAUAUUUAUGUGUUACUGCUAGAGUUAUUCGAUAUAAAUUUUUUAAGUGUUGCCAAAGUGUAUUGCAAGAACGAGAGCGAUAAAAAAAAGACUAAAUAUUUUUCUUGUAAGUUAUCCAAAGCAAAAGUACUUUAAUUUAUUUUGUGAAUUAAACUUUAUUUAACAAAUUUUAAUGUUUUAAAUUGGCAAAUAGAAAAAGCUAACAGACAUUUACUCUCUUUCUCGCACAGUUGUCUCUUUCAUUUCUUCACUCUCAUUUUCUGAAAAUUUUCGGAAAACACGUUUUUUACUACCUUUAAAAAUUCGUAACUGAUAAAUCCGAUAUAGAUGAUAGAUUAGACUGACGUAAGCUUGUAAAUACAAUAGUACAUAUAUGUAUAUAAUAGUUUUAAAUAAUUAAGGAUUUACGAAAAUUCUUGGAACAUAAAGGAUGAAAUGAUUCCACGGUCGUUGCGAGCUUUAAGUGGAAUGCACUUGAUACGCGUACCAAGUGCUCGGUGUAAACUAGGGCAUUGUCGAAAAGUGUAUAUGGUACGUACUAGCACGUACUAGUAUGUAGUUUCACAUUUGACACACAUCUCUGUUUGGCGCUGAUGCUACAUCCACGCACAUUCACGUGAUCCACGUUUCGUCGCACGAAAAAGGCUAUGGUGAUCGCUCUCAGGCUUUUAUGGGCUUUUCUUUGAUAAAAAGAAAUACUCUUAAAUGCUUUUAAAAUAUAACAGUUCAUAAAAUAGGGAGAAUAAUUUAAAAAGUACAAAUCUUAGUAGGGUCAUAAAAUCAUAAGAAAAUACAUAUCCCAUAUCUGUUUGCAAAUUUGGCAAAAAAAA